GAUUUUGUUGGCUACCUUUGGCGGGACAACAACAGUGUGACAGGCAUUUCGUGGCUCACGGUUUAAUCGGAUUUGUUUGAACUAGUCUUGCGCUUCCGUUGCUGAAAAACGCUGGUUCAAACCAGCUCUUAUUACGCAAUAUGGCAGGACGAAGAUAAGUUUUAUUAUCAAACCGCAGUUGGGUAUAAUGUAUGUGCGAAGCGGAACUACAGCGCAGCACAGGCAACGACGGAACACGCCGUGUAAAGGUCUGCGCAGGUAACAGACAACCGAGCGCAACUAACCCGUAAAAGAAAGCCAGCAUCCAUUCGCCGGUCCGUUGAUCAUGGACGAGAAAAAAACACCCAAACGGCGAAAAAUGCGCUUCAUGAACCAUUCGCCCACACCCGAGGAGGACGACGAGCACGAAUUCGAACCCGGUUCCACAAGGCGUUUCGAUAAAUCGCUAACCAUGUUGACGCGUAGCGUCGUAAAGAUGCUCCGCGAAACGCCCGAUGGUGUGCUCUAUCUACGUGAUGUUUCAUCCACACUGUCCAACCGACAGAAGCGACGCAUUUACGACGUCACGAACGUGCUGGAGGGUAUCGGGCUGGUAAAGAAACAAGUGAAGAAUCACAUCAAAUGGAUCGGUGAAGAAGUAACGACACAAUCAUGCCUCGGAACGGCACGUAAAAUUGGGGAGCACAUGCGAACGCGUCGGAACCUAGAGCUGCGUGAAGCGCUAAUCGACAAGCAGCUGAAAGCCAUACGCCAAAGUUCGCACAUGUUGCGUGAGGAUAGCGCGACUGGAUCAUUUCUGUACGUCACGAGCGACGAUUUGACGUCCGUGUUUGGCGAUAACCGAACGCUGCUUACCCUGAACGAGGAACGUUUAGCGCGCCUUCGUCAACCACCAGUAGUCCAAUGCACUAGCUGGACCAUUCCAUACGGUGGAAACACACGCCAGUUGUGGGUAAAGUCGCGACCGAAGGGAGCUCCGUUAACGUUGAUGGUUUUGAAGGAACCGGCUGGUGCGUGUUACACGCGACCAAGCAGACGGCCAGCGGUACUUCGUGCAAACGCUGAACAGCGGUACGUGAAACUCGCCGAACAGAAUCACGAGCCGGAGGAACAUGACGCGCGCGAUGGGUCAGAAUGGCAAGAACCCGGCGAGCGAGAAUACGACGAGUCGGAUGAGGAAGAAUACACGAGGGUACGGCAACGAGAGCGUUUCGCGCGGAUACUGCUGGACACUAGUCCCGAUGCUCACCACAGCCUGUACCGACCGAACGGGUGGAAGAAAAAGAAGAGUGAAACGCGCGGACUGCUCAUACCGUUUCUAGUGAUUAAGCCACGGUUUUACGGCCGCUUCACGUUCGCGCUUAAGCCGAACGAAGGUGUGUUCGAUCUGUUCGGGUACGGCAGGAUCAGCAACCACCAAAGAGCAAACGAACGAACCAGCCAACAACCGGCGAUGGAGGUGGUCCAUGUGGCGGACGUUUGAUAGUUCGAUGGGGUGAAGCCUGAACAGUGGUAAAGAGAGAGAGAGAGAGAGAGAGAGAAAG